AUGAAGAGAAAAACCAUUGAUUCGUACUUCCAAAAACAAAAACCUACUCCAGAAAUAAAUGUUGAUAACGUGAACUUUGAUGAUCCUAAUGAAACGACGAACAAUGUGAUUCCAGAUAAUCCAACUCAGAUACCGAAUCAACAACCUAAUAGUAGUGACACUUCUUUUGUGCGUGAUCCAGCAUUGCGUAAGCCAAUCAGUAGUUAUCCCUUGGGGAUACAACGAGAAAUUGUGGGCAAGUUUAUUGAGUUUGGACCUUACCAAACUCGUUUAUCUGAGUAUCCCUUAUCAGGUCCAGAAAGCCAUCCACGUCGAUUUGUAUCUAAUUGGUUUAAGACUUUUACGUGGCUAGAGUAUUCACCAACAACUGAUGCUGCCUAUUGUUUCCCAUGCUUUCUUUUCGAUAAAAAACCAUUGGGGAAAGCUGGUUCAGAUACUUUUACAGUACAAGGAUUUAGAAAUUGGAAGAGAGUUGGUGGAAAAGAUUGUGCAUUUGUAUCCCAUAUGGGAAGAGACAUUAAUUCAGCUCAUGGAUAUUCUGUUCAAUGUUGGGAGAAUAUUCAGAAAACUAAAGGUCAUAUAGACACUGUUUUUGAAAAUCUCACUCCAAAACAGAUUGCAGAUAACCGUUUAAGACUAUCAGCUUCAAUAAAUGUUGUAAAAUGGCUCACAUUUCAAAAGUGUGCGUUUAGGGGACAUGUUGAGAACGCCGACUCCAAAAACCAAGGAAACUUUCUAGAGAUGUUAAAACUCAUUGCAUCCUAUAACAAGGAUGUACGAGACGUGGUGCUAGCAAAUGCACCACAAAAUGCCAAAUAUAUUGCUCCGUCAAUUCAAAAGCAAAUUUUGCAUGUUUUUGCUAAGAAAGUGCAGAAUGAAAUCCGAAAGGAGAUUGGUGAUUCAAAAUUUUGCAUAAUCAUAGAUGAAUCACGAGAUGUAUCUAAAAGGGAGCAAAUGGCUAUUGUUAUAAGAUUUGUUAAUAAAGAUGAUCUUAGAGGUCAGGGAUAUGAUGGAGCUAGCAAUAUGCGUGGGGAGUGGAAUGGUGUACAAGCUUUGUUUAUAGAUGAUUGCCCUUAUGCAUAUUAUGUGCAUUGUCUGGCCCAUCAGUUGCAAUUAUCUCUUAUUGCUGCCGCAAGAGAAGUAUCUGAGGUUCAUGAUUUCUUCAAAGAUUUAAUUUUUAUUGUGAAUGUUGUUAGUUCUUCUUCCAAGCGUCAUGAUGAGGUACAUGAUAGUCAAGUAGCUGAGUUGGAGCACCUGAUUGAAAUUGAGGAGGUUGAUACUGGAAAAGGGAUGAAUCAAAUUGGUACAUUGCAACGUCCUGGAGAUACUAGAUGGAGUUCACAUUUUAAAUCAAUUUGCAGUUUACUAAGAAUGUUCAAUGCGACACGUACAGUACUUGAGAAAAUAGCCAUUGAUCGUCGAGCCACAUAUUCACAACGAGGGGAUGCUAAUUAUGCUCUUAAAAAAUUAUUAGCAUUUGAUUUUGUAUUCAUUUUGCAUAUGAUGCAAGAACUCAUGGCGUUCACAGAUUUACUUUGUCGAGCCUUACAACAAAAAUCACAAGAUAUUUUGCAUGCUAUGGAUUUACUUGUUGAUACAAAAUCCUCAAUUCAAGAUCUCAGAGAUGAAGGUUGGAAAGAUCUUUUGGACAAAUUAUUUUACCGAUAUGUCUCUAAUCAUGAUGAGAUGAAAAAUUUGAGCUCCAUAACUGAUUUAUGUCGAACUUUAGCUGAAAUUGGUAAGUCCAAUGUCUAUCCUUUAGUUGAUAGAUUGAUUCGACUAAUUUUAACUCUUCCUGUUAGUACAGCAACUUCUGAGAGAGCUUUUUCAGCAAUGAAAAUUGUUAAAACUAGCUUGCGAAAUAAGAUGGAGGACGACUUUCUAUCGGAGUACUUGAUUGUCUAUAUAGAGAAGGAUAUUGCUGAGAAAUUUACAAUUGCUCGAUCAUAG